GCCCCGCUUCCCCCCCUCUAAUAACUCUAACAGCUAGCAUACUUCUCUCCGGUUGCAAUAUUGCUAGCGAAACCCUACAACUUCUUAUGAAUAUCGCUGCGAGGACAAGAUGAGCAGUACUGAGUCAUUUAGCCCAGCAUGUGAACCCAGGAAAUUCAAAUUUGAAGAACUAGCAAUUGCAACUAGACAUUUCUCCAAUAUACAACUCGUUGGCAUUGGUGAUUUUGGUGAUGUCUAUGUGGGAUACCUUCCAGGAGUUGAGGUCAAUAUUGCUAUUAAGAAACUCAAAUAUAAGCAGGAUGAAAAGCAGGAAGAAGAAUUCAAGAAUCAGAUUAAGGACUUUGGCAUUGUGUCUCACCCAAAUCUUGUUAAGCUGCUUGGUUACUGCUGUGAAGAAGCCGAUAGAUUGCUUGUUUUAGAGUUUGUUCCCAACAAAUCUUUGAGAUUUCAUCUAAGUGAUGAAUAUAGAAGAUCAAAUUUGAACUGGUCAAAAAGAAUGAAAAUUGCCGUAGGCUCUGCGAGAGGUUUAGCACAUCUUCAUGACGAAUGUUAUCCUAAAAUCAUUCAUGGAGACAUCAAAUCAGACAAUAUUCUCUUAGACAAUGAUUUCACACCAAAGAUUGCAGAUUUUGGACUGGCCAACUUAUUUCCAAACACUAAUAGUCUCACUCACAUCAGCUCUUGUUGGAAGAGAACCAAUGUCUAUGCGGAUCCAGAAGAUUAUUAUCAUCAAAAGGAUGAAAAUAUUCUUCAAAAAAUUUCUGAAAAGUCAGAUGUUUAUUCAUUCGGUGUUGUGCUUCUAGAACUUAUUACUGGAAGAAAAAUUUUCGAUGAACAUCGAGUUGAUAUUGUCAAUUGGGCAAAGCCUUUUAUGUUCAAAGGAGAUUCAGUUGAAAUCAAUUACAGUUGUCUUGUUGAUUCCGCAUUGAAGGGAGAUUAUAUAAAAAGUGAAAUGGAGCUAAUGAUUUAUUGUGCUGCUGUUAGCGUAUAUAGGCCUCCUGAAUUUCGACCAAGAAUGAAACAGAUAGUUGAAGCUCUUGAAGGAAAAAUGCCCUCUAAUGAAUUAUGGGUUGCGGAAGUUAAUGCGGGAAAGGCGUCAGAAUCCAGAUCAUCAAAAGCGGGAGAUAUGUCAGAAACAACUUCUUCUCCUUUUCAAGAACUCAAGGAAAUAACUGAAGCUAGUAACCUGCAUUGGAGCAAAGCAACGCGAUUGUGUAAAUUGUUUUGGGAGAAUGUUGGUGAAAGUAUUUAUUCUUCUAACCUUCAACCACUGGCUCAAAAAGUAGUUGACUUGUGCUGCUACCAUUCGCAUGCCAUCUUCCUAAUGUCAAAGGCAUUGAAAGAUGAAUCUGAUGUUGAUGUUUGGAACAACGCGAUUGAAACAUUGAACAUGCAGGCUGCAUCUCCUGAACAAGAAUUAGAACACAUCAUGGUUAAUGUGUUAAAAUUCAGCUAUCUUCGUCUUCCUGAUGAUACAACUAGAAGAUGCUUGAAAAAUGGUGCACUGUUUUUUGAGAACGAGAAGAUUGCAAGAAAGUCAUUGAUAGACAACUGGAUAUCUGAUGACCUGACAGAUACGUAUCAGAAAGGCCGAAAUGUUCUUGAAACUCUUGUCACUGCUGGCCUGUUGGAGAGGUCCGAGGAUGGUCAGUUCUUCACGCUACAUGAGAUAGAUCGCUGUAUAUUACUAGAACAUGUUUUUCCAUCCAUAGAAGGAUUGUUUCUUAUGAGAAACGAUAGUAAAUUGACUGAGCUACCAAAGGAUGUGGAUUGGAAAGAGUUUCAUGAGAUUUACCUGAUGGAUAAUAAGCUAACUGAGUUAUCAGAGAAUCUGAGCUGCCCCAAAGCCCAAGCAUUGUUCCUGCAAAGAAACCUCAAAUUAAGGACAAUAUCCGACUCAUUUUUCCAUGGUAUGCUUGCUCUACAAAUCCUAAACUUAUCUGGAACUCCCAUUAAGUAUUUGCCGGAUCCUCUUUUCGAUUUAGUCAAACUUAAAAGGUUCUCUUUGAAUCACUGUGUUCUGUUAAAAUUAUUACCAUCCAGAAUUGGAAAUCUCAGUUGCCUUGAGGUAUUUCAUCUUGAAGGGACACAGAUCAUAGCACUACCAAAGGAAGUUGAACGAUUAAAGAAUCUCACAUCCUUAAAAGUGUCAUUUCGUGAACCCCUGAGUUUCAAUCAGCAAACAAAUAUGAUUCCUGAUGGGUUUAUACCAAAUCUAACCGAGUUAAAAAAUUUAUGUAUUGAUGUGAGUCCAGAAGAUAAUCGGUGGAAGGCAUCCGUGAGACGUGUUGUUUUGGAUGUUAGCACAUUGAAGACAUUAGAUACACUUCAGUUCUACUUCCCUAAUGUGGAACUACUGAGCCAUUUUAAUUGGAAUACCAUACCAACAUCUCCACCAUUAUCACAUUUCAAGUUUACUGUUGGUGAUCAUACCAAUCGCAUCAUUCGUAGACUCCCUCAUGAUGCUGAGAUUGAGUUAGGACGAUAUGAUAAAUGCUUGAAGCAUGUAAAUGGUAAAGGUGCACCUGAAGAAAUCAAGAAAGUGCUCAGACACGCAUCUGCUUUUUUCUUGGACCGCAAUACGACUGUUGAGAAGUUCUCAGAAUUUGAGAUCACAAAUAUGACCCAAUUGAAGUGUUGUGUAGCAGGGGAAUGUGACAAGCUUCAAGCAAUCAUAAAUGGAGAUCAAAUGGUAAGCAAUGCUUCUGGAGAAAGAGAAGUUGGUCUUCAGUCACUUGAAUAUCUGUAUAUAUAUUAUGCGAGGAGUUUAAGGAGUAUAUGGGAGGGGCGAUUGGAUAACAGUAGCUUGAAAGCACUAAAAUUCUUGACACUGUACAUGUGUCCCCAGCUGACCACCAUUUUCACACCAGGAUUGCUAGCAAAUCUUUCCUGCCUUGAAGAGCUCACAGUUAAAGAUUGCUCCCAAGUCACCAGAUUAGUGAGCGGCAUUGAUUCUGAGAAUGAGAUCAAACAUAUUAACCUACCCUUGAAGAAGAUUUCUCUUCAUUUCUUACCUCAAUUGGAUAGAAUCUCAGAUGUGUUAUCCAUUGCGCAAGAAAUGGAAUGGAUGAGCUUUUACUAUUGCCCAAAUCUCAAGAGUCUUCCAAUUAGCAAAGCUUCCCACACGAAAUUGAGGAAGAUCAAGGGUGAGGAGAGCUGGUGGAAAGAUAUAUUGGAAUGGGAAAACACCGAGCGAGAUUCUUGGGAAGGCAUUUUUACUCCAUGCGGGGAGAGUGAAGAAUUUAGCCCAUCAUUCAAGAGAUCAGAUGCAUUAUUAGAAGCAACGGCCUCACCUCUCUUGGAAGAAACGACAUCGAAAUCCAAGUCAUUAACAGAGGGAAAUCCGUCAGAAACAAUGAUCCUGUCUCAGUUUAGAGGAAAGGGUGCAGAAAUUAGCCAAUCAUUAAACGAGUCAGAUGCACUAGAAGCAACAGCCUCAUCUCUCUUUGAAGAAAUGACCUCGGAAUCCAAGUCAUUAAUAAGGGGAGAUUCAUCAGAGACAAUGAUCCCGGCUCAGUUUGGAGAAACAACCUCGGAAUCCAAGUCAUUAACAGAGGAAGAUCCGUCAAAAACAAUGAUCCCGGCUCUGUUCAGAGGGAAGAGUGCAGAAUUUAGCCCACCAUUAAUGGAAUCAGAUGCACAAGAAGCAACAGCCUCAUCUCUCUUUGAAGGUAAUCAUGGCCGUACGUUACCCCGAAUGUUUUUUAUUGGUCAUAAUUGUAAAAAAAAUAGACCGGACCUAUCACCACCCAAAAGCUAA